AUGGAAAUGGAUAAGGCGUACAGUGUGGACAGUUCCGACGAUAUCAACAUCGAAGAGGAAGAAGAAGAAAUCAUUGAGGAUAAUCACAGCUAUCCGCCCGAUUUUCCACUUGAGGCGCUGGUGAAGCUCGAAAGACCAUCACCGCCUCUGCCGACACCGCCCCACACGCCGACCGACGACACCCCACCAGCGGUAGUCGUAUCCCGGCAUCAGACCUGGCCAGCGCCCCAAUACCCCAACUACAGACCCAUGCAGGCUCCAUACUCCUACGACAAAGUCCCAUACAACUAUCCCACACCUUACGUCCAGCCUCAAGUGGCAUCGCUACCUCCAUCCGCACCGUACCACGCUAUGCUCGUCAACCAGUGGAUAAGGAACGCCGCUCUAUACCACCAUUCGCUCAGAUACCCGAUGGCCCAAAGAAUGCCUGGACGGAACCCGACUCCGAUGCGCGGACCAGGAGUCGCGGGGACCAGACCAAAGAAGCAGUUUAUAUGCAAAUACUGCAACCGACAAUUCACCAAGUCUUACAACCUGCUGAUUCACGAGAGGACGCACACAGACGAGCGGCCGUACUCUUGCGAUAUAUGUGGAAAAGCCUUCAGACGUCAGGAUCAUCUUAGAGAUCACAGGUACAUUCAUUCGAAGGAAAAGCCGUUUAAGUGUACCGAAUGCGGUAAGGGCUUCUGUCAGUCAAGGACGUUGGCAGUCCACAAGAUCCUUCACAUGGAAGAAUCACCACACAAGUGCCCGGUUUGCAACAAAAGUUUCAACCAGAGAUCGAAUCUGAAGACGCACCUGUUGACGCACAGUGACGCGAAUAAACACCACCUGGAACACCUCGAGGGAUGCCAAGAGGUGUCUUCGACCAGUCAAGCCUCCGAGAGUCCCCUAUUAGAUCUAUCGCAGAAGCCGUCGCCACCGCCGCAAGCGUAUCAGCUUGCGUCGCAGCCUUCCCCAGUCGAGGCACCGAAAAGGCCUUUAGGGUUUUCUAUAGAAGACAUUAUGAAACGUUAG